UAUAUACUACCGAAUUCCAGAUAGUUUUCAAUGACUUGUAAAAUACUGCAAGCCACAAUCUGUUAAUGUGUUGAACAUGUUAGUACUGGUUCUUAGAAGUGGAAGCACUUGAGAUCUAAAGUACCUGCUUUAACUUGGUCAGCUCUCACUCCUGAUCUGCAAAAAAAGAGAGAAAAAGGCAAAAACUGAAAGAAAUUAAUCAACUGAACUUGAGUAAUCAAGGGCCGAAAGUGCAAUAUUCACCCACAUUAUUCCCAUCACAGUAACAUGGACUAUGAGCACUUGGCAGCUGAAAUGCCAACCAACCUUGUGGAACGCAUACAUGAAUUCAUUAACUGUUGUUAUAAUGAUUACCCAAACACAUCUCCUUUUCCUGUUUGAGCAAUGCUUUUUUAAAAUAUAGAAUUUCCUGGAUAAAGCAAAAUAAAAUAUAUAUAUGGGGCGUAUGAAUAGAUUCCAUGUAGAACAGAAAUUGAAAUCACACUCAUGUCAAAUAAUGAUACGGUAUAUUAACCAGAGGAGAUGAAAUGAGGCAUCAAAAAUCAUCACUGCUCCCGCUCCUAGAAACCAAACUAUCUCUAGGUAAUAAAUGUCAGGGAAACUCACCCCCUUGGUAGGGCACAAGGCAUGGGAUCAAGGGAAUUAAAGAGAAGGAGAGAGAGUGUGAGCUAAACAUAUUCCAAAACAUACAUGUGCUCAUAAAAGCAUGAGACUUGACAGAGGUGAUACUGAAGGCCGUGUAUAUCUUUUCUUUUAUGCUGACGUGUAAAAAUGGAAGUGCUGUUCAAAUGCAAGAAGAGACAAAAGGCUUCACUGGAGAAGUAGGACCAGUAAUUCUUUGAAAAGACAGGGUCCCUUUCAGGCUCCCAGAUUGCACAAAAGAGCUCAUUCUCAGAAGGCCCAUCUACAGUCUACGUCCAUGUCAGUGGCCCCAGUUCCAGUUACAACAUCUGCCAAGGAGGAAAUCUCUGCCAGUGGGGACUCCCCAGAGGUGGAAUGCCCCGUGUGCUACCAAGAAUAUGAUCAAGAGUGCAAGCUCCCACGUAUGCUGGAAUGCCUCCAUGUCUUCUGCACGGAAUGUCUUCAUAAUAUCCAACUGUCCCCUCUCCACCCACCUGAUCCCAACAGCCCUCCUUCCAUCUCCUGUCCCUUGUGCCGCCACACCACCCCACUAGAAGGUGGCGAUGCACACUCCCUCCCAUGCAACUCCCGUAUCCUUGCCCAGCUACCUUCUGUAGCUUUUCGCCUGCCUGUGUCAGUCUCCACCCGGCUGACUACUGUCACUCAGAGGGUGAUCCUAUCUCUGGAGUCACGGGAUGCUCGGUUUAUUAUUUUACCCACAGUCAGCCUACGGGUGGAGCAAAUGGCUGAGGGUUCAAGCACACCUGAGUCCAUAGCAACUACAGUGGAGGGGUUGAGGAGGAGAAAGAACCUGAUGUGUAUCCAGUUGUUGGUUAUAAUAUUCUGGAUGCUUUUUGUCCUGGCCUGCGUGGUUGGCGUACUGUUUGGCCCUAAUUUGUUCCGCAACUGAAAGACAGAAAAAAAAAAAACCAUUGUAUAAAAGAAUUCAUCUAUCAUAUGUAAUUUAAUGCAAAAUUAGAAAAAUAAUUCAGAUAAACAUGUGAAACCUCAAAAUCUAAUGUAUAGUAUUGUGUGUGUGUGUGUGUGUGUGUGUGUGUGUAAGUAUGUUUUAAAUAUAUUUGAUAUGUUUGGGCCUUCAUGUUUGUAGCCUUGAUUCUAUUGCCAAACUCUCUGAAUCCAUAUACUGUGUAGAGACUGUCAAAAUAUCAAAAUGAACUGGAAAAUCAAUGUUUAGUGAACUCCAUAAUCAUGUUCCCAGUCUGCAUUGCUAAGUUUUGUCUUUAUAAACUGCUGGGAUUCAGACCAUACUUACACAUAUUUAAAUGACUUCCAGUCUGAUAACCUGACUUGUCAUUUUAGGUAUGGAAUUGAAAUUAAUUUAUCCAUGCUCAAUUGACUAUUGUAGUAACGCAGAGUACUAAGGGAGAUAAAUAAACGUUACAUGGUGCCCUCUAGUGGAUAUUAUAGAAACAGUCACUUGGGACUAAUUGUUCUAGCUUCAUUUAGUGAAACAACCUGUUGUACGAUAUUACUUAGAACCUUUAAAGGUUCCCCAACUGAAGAAUAUUUUUCUGGUUUUACAUUUAACCCUUUUUUCUGAGAGUGCACUGAAUGAUGCAGUGCUGCACAGCUAAGGUGUAACUGUAACAUAUUUACUAUAGCUCAGUGUUCAUUAGUCCUAAAAGGAACCAGUAGUCCAUAACCUCGAAACCAUGUUUAACUUGUGAGGGGCUAGAUAAUGAACCGUUUCAUUUCUGUAUUGUGUCCCAAUCAGGACUGAUUGUUUCUAAAUGUAUAUAAUAGAACCAAUGCCGUUUUAAAUGUAGAUAAUUAAGGAAUUGAAAUAACCUAAAUUUGUCUCAACAUGUAAUGAAGUAUUUUAAUUAUACGUAAUCUAGUCUAUUGUUAUCAAAUGCAUAUUAAAACUGGUGCCACAUGGUCCUUUGCUUAUUUUAUUUGGAAGUAAUUACUUUUUAAACAUUUAAUUUUGGAGCUUCAGUUGCUCCAAAACUUUAUCAAUGCCAAUGCAGAACUUGGUUAAUCCCACUGCCCUUAUCUCUGUGUGGGCCUGGUGUCUAGAUUUUAGGACAAUGAAUUGCAAGAACAUGCUGGGCUGGCACCUAAUUAUGAGAUAGGAAAAAGUUGCAUUUGCAUAAUAUGUGAUUUGUCCCCUGGUGCUUAAUGUCAUUACUGUAUUGGCGUUAUGUUCCUAAUACUGAAGUGGUCAAAACAGCUGCAACAUAGCAAUAAUGAUAAGUCAAAAUGAGUUAGAUUUGACUGAAAUUGGCAUGAAUUGUUCAGGAAAAACAGAUCUCUCAGUGAUGCGCUAGGAUAAGUUUGAAUGGCAUUUAGGGUGACAAAGUGACUGCUGCCACCAUACUCAUCCUUGUGGCCACAUCUAUAAUCAUGACUGAAUCGCUAUGAAAUUAUAUUACAGUAAGUAAACUAAAACACAUCUACAAUCAAACAAUUAAUUUUUGCCUCUUGCUCAGUUUAAUUAAUUAGAAUGAAGUAAAGUAACACGAUUUUUGAACAUUUUCUCACAAUUUGAUUUUAUUGUGUUCAAUCCACCUAAUAUAUUUAGAACUGAAGUUUACUUAAUUCAUCUGUGUUAA